ACUUUGGGGAAGGGGAGGGAGGAGGGGAAAGAGAGCACUAGGGGGUUUAGAAGGUUGAAAAUUGCGGGGUGUUUUGGCUCCCCCCCACCACUCCUUCCAAAAACAAAAACAAAAACGCGAACCUCGGAGCCGUCUUCCUUCGCCCUCGCUUCACCUCGCCGGCUCCGAAAGUGGGGAGCUCGGAUGUCCGGUUUCCUGUGAGUCUUUUACCUGACACUCGUCGCCUUUCCCGGGCACGGGUUGGGAGAGCGACUUUCAAAGUUUGUAACGCGGAGACCCGGACCCACUCCCUCCGCCUCCGGCUUGCCCAGGGGGUUUAUCGGGAGAAUCUCCAGGAAAAGGGACCAGGAGGGGACCAAAGCAUCGCAGGGGCGCCUGCGCCCCCAUCCCGGCCCCCACAGCGGAGCAGCCUCCCCACUUCCCGGUCUUUCCACCAUGCACUUGCUGGGCUUCUUCUCUCUGGCGUGUUCCCUGCUCGCCGCUGCGUUGCUCCCGGGUCCGCGCGAGGCGCCAGCCGCAGCCACAGCCUUUGAGUCCGGGUUCAACUUCUCAGACGAGGAGCCAGACGCGGGCGAGGCCAAGACUUAUACAGGCAAAGACCUCGAGGAACAGUUGCGUUCUGUUUCCAGUGUGGAUGAACUCAUGACCGUACUCUACCCAGAAUAUUGGAAGAUGUUCAAGUGCCAGUUAAGAAAAGGAGGCUGGCAGCAUGAUGAAGAGCAACCCAGCAUUAACACAAGGACAGAAGAGAAUAUCAAAUUUGCAGCAGCACAUUAUAAUGCAGAGAUCUUAAAAAGUAUUGAUAAUGAGUGGAGAAAAACUCAAUGCAUGCCACGUGAGGUGUGUAUAGAUGUGGGGAAGGAGUUUGGAGCAGCAACAAACACCUUCUUUAAACCUCCAUGUGUGUCCGUCUACAGAUGUGGGGGCUGCUGCAACAGUGAGGGGCUACAAUGCAUGAACACCAGUACAAGUUACCUCAGCAAGACGUUGUUUGAAAUUACAGUGCCUCUCUCUCAAGGUCCCAAACCAGUAACAAUCAGCUUUGCCAAUCACACUUCCUGCCGAUGCAUGUCUAAACUGGAUGUUUACAGACAAGUUCAUUCAAUUAUUAGACGCUCCUUGCCAGCAACACUACCACAGUGUCUGACAGCAAACAAGACUUGUCCUGUAAAUUACAUCUGGAAUAAUCACAUCUGCAGAUGUCUGGCUCAGCACGACUUUAUUUUUUCCUCCAUUGCUGGAGAUGACUCUACAGGUGAAGUCCAUGACAUCUGCGGACCCAACAAGGAGCUGGAUGAAGAAACUUGUCAAUGUGUCUGUAAAGGAGGACUUCGGCCAUCCAGCUGUGGGCCCCAUAAGGAACUAGAUAGAAAUUCAUGCCAAUGUGUCUGUAAAAACAAACUUUUACCCAGCUCUUGUGGGGCUAACAGAGAAUUUGAUGAAAACACAUGCCAGUGUGUAUGUAAAAGAACCUGCCCAAGAAAUCAACCACUAAAUCCUGGAAAAUGUGCCUGUGAAUGUACAGAAAACCCACAGAAAUGCUUCUUAAAAGGAAAGAAGUUUCAUCAUCAAACGUGCAGUUGUUACAGAAGGCCAUGUCCAAACCGACUGAACCAUUGUGAGCCAGGAUUUUCAUUUAGUGAAGAAGUGUGUCGCUGUGUUCCUUCAUAUUGGAAAAGGCACAUAUGAAUUAAGAUACUAUUUUUCAGUUCAUCAUUUUCUAUUAUGGAAAACUGUGUUGCCAUGUUAGAACUGUUUAUGAAGACAGAGACCUUUGUGGUAACAAGGACAAAAUUCAUGUUUUCUGAACCAUGUGGAUAACUUUACAGAUAUGGACUGGAACUCAUCUGCCAGCAACCUCAGUUAAGACUGAUUUCCUGCCAAUGACCAAACUGCCAAGGUUUCUCCCUCAUGUUUUUUUUUAAAAAAAUAAUAAUUAAUGACUAUAUAAUUUAUUGCCACUAAAAUAUUGUUUCUCCAUUCAUUUUUAUAGCAAUAACAAUUGGUAAAGUUCACUGUGAUCAAUAUUUUUAUAGCAUAUAAAAUAUGUCUAAAAUAAAAUGAAAAUUAUGUAAUA